GUGACCAGGGCUUUAGGCGUUCACGGCGUGGAGUGUAUAGGUGAACCUAGCAGAGCAUCAUUUGGCUAUUUCACAUCAAGCAGCAGCGAAAGGACCGCCACCACCACCAUGCUGCGGUCCCUGCCCGUGGUCGCCCUGGUCGCCAUGGUCGCCGUCGGGGUCGUCGCCGCCAAGGAUGACUGGGACUGGGACGUGCUGUCGGCGGGCUGCGGCUCCACCAAGACGUGCCUCGGCGUGCCGACGGGCUGCGAGCAGGGCGGCGGCAGCGACUGCAGGGCCAUCGUGGCCGUGGAGGUCGUGCAGGGCGCCUUCGUCUUCAAGAUGCGGGCCAGCAACGCCACCUGGGUGGCCGUCGGCCUGGGACGCGACGCCAACAUGUUCGACACGAGCGUCAUCGAGUGCGUGGACCUGCCCGUGGGGACCAUCAACACCUACCUGUCGCACACGCCGGCCGACUCGCGGGGCUGCAACCGCAUCGAGGGGGACACGGCGAAAAUGGCGGUGACGCUGCAGAGCUCCAGGAGCAUCGACGGCGGGCUGUACUGCUCGGUGCUGCGCAGCAACGAGACGGUGUUCGACGGCCAGGACAUCGCCCUGGACACCACGCCGUACUUCCUGCAGUUGGCGCUGGGCCAGCAGGCCACAGACACCAGCGUCCGGUACCACGGCAGGGACAACCACGCCGCGGCCGAGCGCGCCGUGAAGCUUUCCGAGCCCGGGCCGACAACGCUGCCCACCACCUCGCCGAGGCCCACCACGCCGUCGUCGACCAAGAACGACUGGGACUGGGACGUGCUGGCGGACGGCUGCGGCACCGCCAAGAACUGCCUGGGCGUGCCCGCGGACUGCGAGCAGACCGCCAACUGCAAGUCCAUCGUGACCGUCCAGGUCGUCGACAAGCAGUUCGUCUUCAGGAUGAGGGCGACCGGCGCCAACUGGGUGGGCGUCGGCCUCGGCCUCACCGACAAGAUGUGGGACACGAGUGUGAUCGAAUGCGUAGAUCUUCCGGUGGGCACUGUCAACGCCUACCUGUCGCAGACGACCCCCAGUGCACCUCGCGGCUGCGACCGGAUAGUAGGGAGCUUGCAGCAGAGCGCCGUGAAGCUGCUCAACUUCAAGAGCAUGGACGGGGACCUGUACUGCGAGGUGUUCCGCGUGAACCAGACGAUCGUCGACGGCCAGAACUUCAACUUGGAGACCACGCCCUACUUCCUGCAGCUGGCGCACGGCAAGACGACCUCAGCGAGCGGCAUCAGCUACCACGCUACCAACAGGAACGCGGGGGGCCGCGCCGUGCGCCUGGCCGAGGCCGCCUACGCCGGCUCCGCCUCCAACUGGCCCAUGAGGCUGCACGGCGCGCUCAUGGUGGUGGCGUGGCUGUUCGCGGCCACGUCGGGGUCCCUGGCGGCGCGCUACUUCAAGGCGGCCUGGGGGAAGGCCACCAUCUGCGGCAAGGCCAUGUGGUUCGCGUGGCAUCGCCUGCUGAUGGUGCUGACGGUGGUGCUGCACGUGAUCGCCGUCAUCGCCGCCCUCAUCUACCUGCAAGGGUGGUCCUCGUCCUCGGGCGUGCACGGCAUCCUGGGCGGCGUGACGACGGCGCUGGCGCUGCUGCAAGGCGCCGGCGGGCUGCUGCGGCCCUCCCCCGACCACAAGCACCGCCCCGUGUUCAACUGGCUGCACCGCGGCCAGGGCUUCCUCACCCACACCCUGGCCGUCAUCACCAUCUUCCUGGCCGUGCCCGUCGCCAGCAUGCCCUCCUACGUGUACAUCAUCCUGGGCGUCUACGUCGCCUUCUACGUCGCGCUGCACGCACUGCACUCGCUCACGGAAGUCCAGAGCUACUACUUCAUUGUGAUUGUCUUUGGAUCGGCAGUGUUCGCCAUUACAAUGCUAGUCCUAAUAGUGAUUGGUGUAAAAGACUCAAAUUAAUUUUCAUCCAUCCACAUAUUUAAACUUUAGUCCAUGAUUUCAAUCAUUUUGCUGUCCUCUGCCAUUAUUUGUUCAUUCUAUUGGUCAGACUUUGUGCUGUUCCAUUUUGACCAGGACUGUAUAAUAUGCAGAAAUUCUGAACUUGAGACUGUCCCAAGUGAUAGCACUAUUAGAUUUUGUAGAUAAUUAACUUAUUGAUGGGACUGUAUUAAGGUACAAAUAAAAAGCUUAUCCUGUUUUGUAAA